AUGUCGAGCUCAGAUGAGGAGAAGCCGGAUUAUUUGAACCGUGACGCAGAGGAAUCUGAUAACGGUGGUGCUAUCGAUUCUAGUGACGAGGAAGAUGAUGACGAUGAAAAUGAAAUUGCCAAAGUUCGCGAUGGGUUCAUCGUGGAUGAUGAAGAUGAAAAUGAAGGGUCAGAAGACUCUUCUUCUGAAAGAAGACACCGUCGUAAAAAGAGAAAGCAUAAGGAGAAAACCCCAAAAGAUGAAGACGAUGCGCUUGAUGAAGAUGACUUGGAUCUUUUAAUGGAAAAUACUGGGGCUGCUCCAAGAGCCAAAUCGAAAUUCAAGAGAUUGAAGAAAGCUUCUUCCGAGGAUGAUAAAUCUCAAUCGACUUCCAAUAGAGCAAGUAAUGCGCUAGAUGAUAUUUUCAGCGAUGAAGAAGAAGAACCAGAAGAUGAAGCUCCGGCCAAUGGAGGUAGAAGAAGAACCGACCAUGAUGAAAUGGACGAUUUCAUUGAAGAGGAUUCUGAUGAUGAAGAAGAUCGUGAUGUCAAUCAUGCUUCGCGUGAUAGAAGAUAUAGACCUCAAGCCACGUCGGUUAUCGCACCACAAUAUAGUGAUAUCGACCAAGAAAAAUUGGACCAGUUGUUUGAAAUUUUUGGUGAUGGUACCGACUACCAAUGGGCCUUAGAUUUGGAAGACAUUGAUGGAGAUAACGAUGAUGGCGAAGAAGGUGAUGGGGUUCCUAAAUUGACUGAUAUUUUCGAACAAACCGAAUUAAAGGAAAAGAUGUUGACUGAGGAAGAUAACCAAGUUAGAAUCACAGAUAUUCCAGAAAGAUUCCAGGAAAUGCGUUCAGUGGUCAAGAAUUAUGAACUAGAUAUCGAAGAUUUCGAAUUUGAAAAAACCUGGAUCAGAGAAUCCAUGGCCGUGGAGAAGUAUGAGUUCUUCCAAAAUAAUGAAUACCUUAUUGAACCUUUUGAACAUGCUGUUGGAGAUGUAUUGACAUUUAUGUGUGAAGACAAUUUGGAAGUUCCAUUCAUUUGGACCCACAGAAGAGAUUUCAUUACUCAUGCUUUCAAAGACCCAGAAACCGGCGAGUUUAUCCUUAAGGAUUUACUUGAUGAAGAUGAUUUGUGGAGAAUUUGCCAGUUGGAUAUUGAUUUCCACAGCUUAUUGAGCAAAAAGAAAACCGUCAUUAGUUUGUUGACCAAACUUGGGAAAUUAGAUGAAUUCGAAGAAGAGCUUGAAGGAUUGAAGAAAAUCAAUGAAUAUCAGGAUUUCUAUGACUAUGUGUUGUUCAAGUUUUCUAAAGAGUUGAAAGAGAUACAGAAGGAAAGCCAAAAGGAUGAUGACGAUCUCGAAGAAAUUGAUGAAGAUGAAGAAGAAGAUGACUAUAAUUUUAACCGAGGCUCCAACGUCAGAAAAUCCAAGGACUCUAAAAUCAAGAGUAGAAGACAUCAGAAAUAUUCGAUUUGGGAUAGGGUUAGAGAUUCUGAUUUGAAUGAAAUGAUUGAAAACUUUGGUAUCACCGCUAGUCAAGUGGCCACCAAUAUUUCUCAAGAAACUAGACAAUAUUUCACCGAAGACCCGACCGAAGAGCCAGAACGUGUUCUUGCUGAGAUUUGUACCAGAGCUGACAGUGUUUACACCAACAUUAACACUUCAAUGAACUUGGUGAAAAAAUUAUACGCCGAAGAAUUGUAUCAUGAACCACGAAUCAGGCACGCUAUCAGAGAGACUUUUGCCAAUUAUUCGGUUAUCAAUGUGAAAUUGACAGAAAAGGGUAAAGUUAAGAUAAAUAAUGCCUCACCAAACUAUGACUUCAAAUAUUUGAUGAAUAAACCGGUCACCCAAAUGAUUCAUGAACCUGACUUGUUUUUGCGUAUGUUGAUUGCAGAACAAGAAAAUUUGAUCGAAAUUGUUUUCCAUGUACAAGAAUAUGAUCAGCUCUUAGACAAAAUCUUCAGUACUUCGUUUGCAUCGGAUAGCGAAUCAGAAAUUGGAUCUAAAUGGAAUGAAAUCAGAAGAGCAUCAUUCGAUUUGGCAAUCAAAAGAUUGAAUACUCUUGCCCGGAUGCAUCUUAAGGAAGAACUUAGAAAGCAGUGUGAAAACAGCGUAUUCUUAUCAGUUAGAAAUGCUGUGAAUAAGAAAUUAAACCAAGCUCCAUACAGACCUCCAGGUUAUGAAAUUGGAGCCAUCCCAUAUACCUUGACCUUAUCUGCUGGUGAAGGUAAUUUCCAUUCUGACGCGGUUGUCGGGGUAUAUAUGAACGAGUUUGGGGAAGUUAAAGAGUUUAUUAAAUUUGAAGAACAUCCAUUGAGUCCGGAGUUCAUAGAUUCAUUCGUUAAGAAAGUUCAAAGUUUGAAUCCUGAUGUUAUUGGUAUUAAUGGUUACAAUGCUCGGAGCAAAAAACUUUAUGAUCGUGUUUUGGAGAUUGUCAAUUCUGAAAAACUUCGUCCGGCUGCUCAAUCUGAUGGUGAUUAUCGGGAAUAUGAAAAUAAUGAGCCACCAAUUCUUGAUGUAAUUUUUGUUGCUGAUGAUAUUGCUAGAUUAUACGAGAACUCUGUGAGAGCCAAACAAGAAUUCCCUGAUAAAUCUAGUUUGUUCAGAUACUGUGUUGCCUUAGGCCGUUACUUGCAAAGUCCUUUGCUUGAAUACAUUAACAUGAAGGAUGACGUUACUUCAGUGUUCUUCUACCGUUUCCAACAUUUAUUGAGUAAUGACAGAUUAAAAGAAGCCAUCACCACGGCAUUUGUUGACAUUGUGAACUUGGUGGGUGUGGAAAUCAACAGAGCGAUCCGUGAAUCUUACUACGCCUCCUGCUUACAAUAUGUUGCUGGUUUGGGACCAAGAAAGGCCUCUGGUUUACUUCAAAGUAUCCAAACUAAGAGUUCAUCUGGUUUGGUCAACAGACAACAACUUAUCACUUCACAAUUAACAUCGAAGACUAUUUUUCUUAAUUGUGCAAGUUUCCUUAAGUUUACCGAAACCGUUAAUGGUAGAUAUGCCGAUGAAGCUGAUGUUCUUGAUGAAACCAGAAUUCAUCCUGAAGAUUACACUUUGGCGAUUAAGAUGGCGGCUGAUGCCUUGGAAUUGGAUGAAGAAGAUAUUGAUGAUUUGGAAAAAGGUGAAGGUGUUAUCAGAAAGUUGGAAGAAGGCGAUAAUGUAUACAAGUUGAACGAUUUGAUUCUUGAAGAUUAUGCUUUAGAAUUGGAGAAUAAGAGCGGGAAAAGAAAGAGAGCAACUUUGUAUAUGAUCAAGGAAGAAUUGUUGGGCCAUUAUGAUGAAUUUAGACGGAAGUUCCACAUUAUGAAUCCUCAAGAAAUCUUUGUGUCGUUGACCGGAGAAACCCCAGAAACUUUCUAUCCUGGUAUGAUUUGUACUGUGGUCUUGAAGAAAAUUGCUGAUAAAUAUGUUCAAGGGGUCACUCAAUUCAUGGUGCAAUGCAGAAUUGGUAUUGAGCAUUUGAAAGAAAAUAAUGACCGCAGAAGAAUUGGCGAAAUUUUCCAUCUUCAACAAGCGAUCCAGGCGAAGAUUCUCGAAAUUGAUUAUGAGAAAUUCAUGUCUGAUGGGUCAGUUUUGAAAAGAGAUUUGCAGAAUCGUGACAAUAAGCAUAAACAAAGAAAUCCUGCCGAGUGGAAUAGAAAUGCUGAACUAGAGGAUGAACGGACAGAAAAACAAAAGUUGAUCGAAGAAAGCAAACCAAAGAAGGUGGUAGAACAUCCGUACUUCCAUAAUUUCAACUCCAAACAAGCCGAAGAUUAUUUGGCAUCGAGAAGCCGUGGUGAUUUGGUUAUUCGACCAUCAUCUCGAGGUGAACAUCAUUUGGCGAUCACUUGGAAAGUCGACAACAAUUUGUACCAACAUUUGGAUGUCACGGAACAAAAGGGAAAAAAUAAGAAUAAUCAAGAAGUCAAGAGUUACUUUGUGUCUGGGAGAAAAUACAGUGAUUUGGAUGAAUUGAUUACUUUCCACAUUGCUCCGAUCGUGAAACUUGUGGAAGCGUUGAUCAAUAGUGAUAAGUUCUACAACAAAUCCCGUGCCGAUGCCGAGAGUUAUUUGGAUAGUUAUAUUAGAGCCAAUGAGAAGAGAGGGUACUAUAUUUUCUGCUUUGACCACAAACGUCCUGGUCGGUUCAGUUUGUUGUUCAAAGGAAAUGAAAAAUCCAGCAUUCAUACCUUACCGAUCGAGGUGAACCCCGACGGUUACGUGCUUGCUAAUUACAAUUACCAAACUGUUGGGUUGCUCACCAAUGGGUUCAAGACUCUUGCCAAGAACAAGUUCCGUCCAUUACCAAAGAAUGAUGGGGCCAGUUCGGUUCAUAGAUAUAAUAAUGGCGGGGGUAGUCGUCAUGGUGGACCACAGUAUAGAGGGGGGCCUGGAGGGCACGGGGGCCAGACUGGCUAUGGUAAUGGAUCAGCAUACGGUGGGAACUAUGGUGGUGGUGCAAACCGUUCGAAUUAUGGUCAACAAAUGUAUAAUAAUAACGGCUACGCUGGUGGUUACUAG